AUGACGCGCGAGUGGGGGGACAACGCUGGCCGGCCCAAGCACGGCCUGGACGACCGCCGUGCCCCGCCACGCUCGUCACCCGAGGGACUACGCCGGGAGGCGGACCUGCGCCGCGAGCUCGACUCCAGGGCCCCGCGCCGCUCCCCUCCCCGCGAAGCUCGGCUCUCCCCCAGUCGUGACAGACGCCGCUCGCCGGCCAGAGACGGCCGCCGCUCCCCGCCCCGCGAUGACCGCCGGGACCGUCCCCGGUUGCCCGUGGUGGAGGCGCGGCAACCUGACCGGCGGCGGUCCCCAUCCCCGGAGCGGCGCCGGGCCCGUUCUCCGUCCCCGUCCCGUCACCCUGUUCCUGCUGCCGCCGACGCGCCCUCGCGCCGCUACCAACCCCCCCCCCCACAACCAGCCCAGUUUCCCUCCCACCUCUGGAGGCAAUGGGGGGCGAGGGCGCCAGGGCGCAAAGAAGAAGAAGAAGCGGGGUCCGGCUCGCCCCCCUGCUACACCGGCCCCCUCCCCCGCGACCUCGGCGUUGGCUGA